AUGGAGCCACUUGCAGCAAUCGGCUUGGCCGCCAACGUUGUCCAGUUCUUGGAUUUUGCUCGAGGCCUAGUCUCUGAGGCAUUCGAAAUUUACCAAGCUGUCGACGGAGCGACUUCUUCGAACGCUCUUUUGGAACGUGUUACUGAGGAUCUUAUUCAGAUUUGCAACGGUCUAGAUUCGACAGCCCAUGAACGCGAUGGUGGCUUCAGCAAUAAGGCUGAAGCUCAGCUUGUGCCUCUGGUGAAGAUUCUGAAGGAGCAGCUGGGAGUGACGGCCAAAGUUGAUGGCGUCGCCAAUAUAUUGGACCGUCUUGCUGAAAGUCACCGUCGUCUGGAGAUAGCUUCCGUAAAUCAGUCUGCCACGUUGAGGAAAGAAAUUACUAGCUCCUUACGAGAGGUGGUGAAAGAACAUGGCAAGAACCCAGGCGGCGAGACGGAAUGCAUGGCGUUCCAACUUCCGUCAACCCUCCAGGGAAAUCUGCGGCAAUUGGCAACAACGAGUACUGUUUUGCAGAGGCAGAUUGAAAUUAUUGAGAGCCUGAAAUUUCCAGGAAUGAAUGAUCGAGAAGACAACAUUAAGAUAGCGCACCCCGGAACUUUCACUUGGUUACUUGAAGAUGAGACAGAAGACUACGACAAUGACAUUGAUGAGCAGUCCAAAAUACUUGACUGGCUUAGGACCGGGUCUGGCAUCUUUUGGAUCAGUGGUAAAGCAGGAUCUGGCAAGUCAACAUUGAUGAAGUUCUUCCACAACCACGAUAAGACUUAUUCUACCCUUAAAGAUUGGGCCGGUGACACACGCUUGCUUGUUGCCAGCUUUUUUUUCUGGAAUGCUGGAAACACAAUGCAGAAGAGUCAAUAUGGUCUUCUCCAAACGCUUCUUUACCACAUCUUGAAGCAAGCCCCAGAGCUGAUUGCGUCUAUUUGCCCGACUCGCUGGCAGGAAAAGUCAAGCAGCUCUUGGAAACAGAACGAAAUCACUGCGACUUUUACUAGGCUCAAGGAGCAGCACAUAGACUUUGCUCGCUUCUGCUUUUUCAUUGAUGGUCUUGAUGAGUAUGAAGGUGACGAUGAUGACAUCAUCAGCACUCUGGAUGAACUCACCUCUUCGAAAGCAAUCAAGAUAUGUUGCUCUAGUCGGCCUUGGAACGUCUUUGAACGCGCCUAUGGGCACAAAGACAAAGUCAAAAUCAAGCUCCAGGACCUGACUCGUGACGACAUCUCACGCUUUGUUGAAGAACAGCUUGCUGAGGGAAGGCAAACAUUGAGCCUCAAGGUGCAUCAGGAAUCAUACCAAAACCUUGUGGACGAAAUAGUCGAUAGUAGUGACGGAGUAUUUCUGUGGGUCUUUCUCGUCGUAAGAUCACUUCGCCGUGGAAUGACAAAUCUCGAUACCCCUGUCGAGCUACAGAGCCGUCUACGUGAGCUACCCACGGAAUUGGAGGCUUUCUUCCAGCAUAUACUCGACAAAACAGACAAAGUCUAUCACCAGCAAGCUGCCCGUCUAUAUCAAAUCUGCCUAGUGGCUCGAUGCCAAAUUUCGGCCCUCGACGUCAGUUGUUUCGCUGAGCAGGAUCCGUUUUUCGGGUUAAGUGACAGACUGCUGGCACUCAAUUCUUCUGAACUCUCAGGUUUGAGUAACGAAACUGUUGUAAGAGUCAAGGCUCGAUGUCAGGAUCUGCUAGAAUUCACAAGCGCCAACUUGCAGUUUCUUCAUCGGACCGUCAAAGAUUUCUUAGAAACCAAUGAUAUUUCAACACAACUAAAAUCAAGAGCUGGGGCGAACUUCAAUCCUCAUAACUUUCUCUGCAACUCAAUGCUCUUGCAGAUAAGGUUGAAGGCUCGUCUUUCAAAUCCAACAGCUAUUCACUCUGCGUCAUUUACCACGAAGCUUCGCUCAUUCGGCCAACAUGCGCGCAAUUUAGAUGACAAUAACGAGCUGAAUUUGACCCUCUUGACAGAGCUCGCUAAAUCUGGUAAAGAAUUCUCGCGAAAAUUACCCACCGAAGCAGGAUGGGGCACAUGGCUUCCUUCUCAUUCUCUUUUGGAAGAAUCUAGUUUUCACGGAUGGUAUCACGAAGGUUGGCUUGCUGAUGUGUUGGCUCAUGACGGUGUUCGGAAUUAUCUUUCGCAAGGUAUUGGUGGAACCAUUGAUAUCGUCAGCCUAGAGGGAAAAGAUGUUAAGAAGACUCCCCUCAACAUCGCAUUAAAUCAUAUGAAAGGUCAGAACAGGAACAGGGAGGUCUUUCGCCUUCUAGACGAAGGCGCUGACCCAAACGAGGAAGAUCAUGGGGGUAUUUCUGAAUGGCGACGCUACAUCAUGUCAAAAAGCUCAAAGUCAGAUGCAUGUCCAGACAAGUGCAAACACAAGGAGUGCGAAACAUCAGAGUGCGAAAUUAUCGAAGCACUUCUUCUCCAUGGAGCUGAUCCAAGUCUGGCUGGUGAAAAAAAGCGUUAUUUUCAGAUCUUGAAAGAUAUGUCAUCGAAGGAUGUUAGAGACUUAGAAAAGAUCCGGAUGAGUCUUCUGCCCUCGGUGGAUGAUCAGCAACAACUGGUAGACAGUCAGCAGAGAAGGCCAUCUACCCACAAAAGAAAAUCCCAAAAUGGCCCAUACCUGCCGUCUAAGCUGAAUGACCGAGACACGAGAAAGAAACAAAGACGUGCUUAG